ACCAGUUGUUGGUAGUUUAGCCGCGACUCGAUGAGACUUUCCCUUAACUUUAAACGUCGUUAAUCAACAAGUAGCGCGUGUGUUGUUGUUUAUUGUUGUUGUUGUUCAGAAUGGGGAAAGCUGAUUUUCUCUCCCCGAAGGCGAUAGCCAACCGGAUAAAGUCCAAAGGUCUCCAGAAGCUGAGAUGGUAUUGUCAGAUGUGUCAGAAACAAUGCCGAGACGAGAAUGGCUUCAAAUGCCACUGCAUGGCGGAGUCCCACCAGAGGCAGCUGCUGCUGGCCUCGGAGGACCCGAACAAGUUCAUGGACUACUUCUCCGAUGAGUUUAAAAGAGACUUCAUCGAGCUGCUCAGCAGACGGUUCGGAACCAAGCGAGUGCACAACAACAUCAUCUACAACGAGUACAUCAACCACAGAGAGCACGUGCACAUGAACUCCACCAAGUGGGAGACGCUCACCGACUUCACCAAGUGGCUGGGCCGAGAAGGUUUGUGCGUCGUGGACGAGACGCCGAAGGGCUGGUACGUCCAGUACGUCGACCGCGACCCCGAGACCAUCCGGCGCCAGGAGGAGCAGGCGAGGAAGAAGAAGCAGGACCUGGACGACGAAGAGCGGAGCGCCAAGUUCAUCGAGGAGCAGGUCCGCCGGGGCCGCGGCGGCAAGGAGGACGAGGAAUCCCCAGUUUUCACCGAGCUGAAGCGAGAGAGCGAAGAAGAUAAAGUCGCGUUCAACAUGGGCGCCUCGGCAUCCAUCGCCGGUCCUUCCAAACCCAGCUCGGCCCUGGGAGCCAGCGCCCUGAAGGCGGCAGCGUCCUCCACCAAGAGGAAAGACACCGGCGCCAACGGCCGGGUCGAGAAGAAGAAGAAGACGUCGGCUCUGGAGGAGAUCAUGGAGAUGGAGGAGAAGAAGAGGAAGAAGCAGUCGGUCAGGACGGACUACUGGCUGCAGCCCAACAUCGUGGUGAAGGUCGUCACCAAGAGGCUCGGGGAGAAGUACCACAAGAAGAAGGCCGUCAUCACGGAGGUGCGAGACAAAUAUGGCGCCGUGGUGAAGAUGGUGGACUCCGGAGACAAACUGAAGCUGGACCAGAACCACGUGGAGACGGUCAUCCCGGCACCAGGUAAACGGGUCCUGAUCCUCAAUGGAUUGCACCGCGACACGGAGGCUCUGCUGGAGGGAAUCGACGAGAAGAGCUUCAGCGCCACGCUGGUGCUCGACUCGGGUCCUCAGACGGGGAAGAGGGUCGACGUCGCCUACGAGGAUUUCUCCAAACUGGCCUGAAUGAAGCGGCGUCCUGUCCGCACCUCUACUGUGUCAGAGUUAUUCCCCCUGUACAUACCCCCCCCCCCCCCCCCCGGCAGUGAGAGUCUUGAACGUCGAUUCAGUUUUAUUUUUUAUUAUCAGUAAUCAAGAUCUUCACAUUUUAAAUGUUCUUUGAAUAAACACAACAAAAACA